GAAGCAAUGUACAUGUGUUGAAAUGGUCGCAAUUUCUGAAGUCAAAAGCAUGUUUUGGGGUGUAACUCUCGAUGGUGGGAAACGUUACAGCCAGCUGGUGGAGAACAGUUUCCACAUCUCCAUGGCUGCACUGGAGCCUCCAAAGAAGAAAGAUGUCCCAAAAGAAGAACGUUUUGUGUCGGUGAUGCUUCAGCAUGAGAAAACUGAAUUCCUAUUGUGUACUCUUGAGGUUGGAAAGCUUCAUCAGCAGCCCUUGGAUUUGAAUUUCACUGAGGGUGAAGAAGUAAUUUUCUUUUUGAAUGGUGGGAAAGGUGUGGUGCACCUGACAGGUUACCUUGUGGGUGACGACAGGUACGAUAAUGAUCUACCCGAGGGGAUGUUUGCGAGUGAAGAGGAAAUGAGUACAGAUGAGGAGGCUUCAGAUGAUGAGGAAGACUCCGAUGAUGAGGAUGUCCCAAUCCUUCAGGCAAUAGAGGACGAUACUGAUACAAGUGAUGAGGACGAUGAGGAUUUUAUACCAUCUAAAGACGGGAAAAGGAAAAAAAGGGUUCCAGAAAAGGCUUCAAAGAAAAUAAGAGUAGAGAAGAUGCAGAUGGAUGAUGAUGAUGAUGAAGAUGACAGUGAGGAGGAUGACUAUGAUUGGCUUGAUGACGGUGCCAAAGAUUUUUUGGGUUAUGAAGAAGGAGACAGUGACGAUGAUGAUGAUGAUGAUGAUAGUGAUGAAGACAGCGAUGGGAAUUAUGAGGAGAGGCUUCAGACACUGGUAAGUGCACUUGAGAUGAAAACUCCAAAAUCUGAGAAAAAAGGAAAACCAGAGACACCAAAGUCGUCUAAAAAGAAUGCCAAACAAGAACAGCAAAAAUCUGCCAAGAAGGAAAAGCCACAAGAAACCCCAAAAUCAGUCAAGAAAGAAAAUGCUCAGACACCGAAAUCUGCAAAGAAACCCAACAGUGCUGAGACUCCCAAAUCUGUGAAGAAGGAAAAUGCUUCCGCUGCCACGCCAAGUCAAGCGGCUAAUAAUACACCUGAAACACCAAAGAGUAAAAAGAAGAAGAAGAGGAAGAAAAAUAAAGAUGGAGAGACUUCGCAACCACAGACCCCACAGCAGAAUCAGACUCCUCAGAAGAAUCAACAACAGAAUCAGCAGAAGACCCCUGGAAAUCAGACGCCCCAACAGCCCAAGAAACCAGUGAAGAAAACCAUCCAGGGUGGAAUUGCCUUAGAAAUAACGAAGGAGGGUCAUGGUCCUGAGGCCAAGCAUGGGAAAACGGUCACAGUAAAUUACACUGGUCGCUUGACGAACGGAAAGGUAUUUGACUCAAAUAGGGGAGGACCAGGAUUUAAGUUCAAACUUGGUAAAAAUGAAGUUAUCAAGGGAUGGGACUUGGCAUUGCAAGGAAUGAAAGUUGGAGGCAAGAGAAAAAUCACAAUUCCACCAGCCAUGGCGUAUGGAAAAGAAAAGUUGGAUGGCAUUCCAGCAAACAGCACUCUAGUAUUCGAUGUGGAACUGAAUAAAGUCAGUUAGAGGAGAACAAUUUAGUACACAUCAUCCAGCAGAGCAUUUAUUCACUUCAUCCUGUUUGUCAGUCUGAGUCUGUUGUGAGGUAAAGGGCUAGUGGAAAUCAAGAACAUUAGGGAAUAGUAAUUUUUCUGAAUAAUUCCACUGUGAAGAUCUCAUAUUCUGGAAGCUGUUUGUUACGAGAAGCAUAUGUGCAAAAUCGUUAAUUUCAAAAUCAUCCAUUUUUUGAUGGAAAUGAAUUGAAAUGUCAACUUUGUUUUUGCUAUUUUAUGAAAACAAAGAAAGUGGCAAAGUUUUUCAUUUGAAGUGGGCAAUGAGGAACCGGCGUUAAGAUAAAUGCCAGUGGCGGCGCCACAAUCGAUCGUACCUUCUGACGCCAUGACGUCAUUUUCUGGUCUGUUGACGUCGCAUGAGGUCAAUCACAGGAAACCAUUGCGUACAUUUUUGCACAGGAUUUCAACAACAGAAAACGUGCCCAAUAACUGGCAUCGCGCAUAUUUUCCGCAAAAUUAUCUUAAAAAACUGAUAGCUCAAUAGAUUUAAAACAGGAAGAUGCAAACGUCGCCAAAAUCGGUCGAAAAUAAGCGAUCAUUUUCGGGCUCAGAAAUAACAUGAUAAUGCAUUGGAAAUGGAGAGUUUUGGUAUGAUCGAUUGCAGCGCCACACGGCGGAUAAAUCGCGCCGGUUCCUCAUUAUUAACUCAAAUCUCAAAUUCAUAAUUGCUGGCGAGUCACCUUGCCAGAAAAAUCUAUUGCACAAUAUGUCCUCAUAAAAUCAUCUUUACAUGUAUGUUCGAGGCACAAUGUCCCUUGCAGUUACUUGCAUCUGGACAGUUUGAAAGCAGGUGAUGUUGAAUGAUUUUUGUGGUGCUUCUUGAGUAAACUUCAUCGAUGAAAUUGCUCUUCUGCCUAAAAGAUGUCAAGAUUUUGCUGAAAUAAAAAUAUGAUUUUUACUGAAGAAUA